CGUACGUGUUUCGCCAUAACCAUGCUCCCUAUCGUCGCCUUGGGCAUCGUCCUGGCCGCCCAUAAUGUGCGGGUGGCCGGCGUGGGCGUGGUAGGCCUAUCGUCCGACUCCCUCCCCCCCCUCGGCUUCGUGCACCGGGCAAUGAUGGAUCAGCGGGGCGCCUACUUCCUGCUGUGGACGCCCGAGGAAGAGCGCAUCGUGAUCGAAGUGCAGGUGGCGACGAAGGGCUACGUAGGCCUAGGCUUCUCGCCCACAGGUGGAAUGAAGGGCGCCGAUGUGGUGCUGGGCUGGGUGGAUGACAAGGGCUUCCUCCACUUCCAGCUCCACGACGCGAACACCAAAAUACAGAACGACUUCGCCACGAAAGCAAAUCAAGCCCUAAGCUCAGUCCAUGCAAGCCACCUGCAACACCGCCAGUGCAGGAGCGGCGGCACGUGGCAGGCGCAGCGGCAGCGGGACAG